AUGCAGUUCACCGCACUCGUUACGUUCGUCGCUGUCGCCCUCCGUGUCGCGCCCGCAUUCGCUGCACCCAUUCCUACCGUCGAUGCGCUCACUCAAUCUGCUGCCCUUCUUUCCAAUGCGCUUCCCCUGAUGGACAAGAUGAAGCUGGACCUGCAGAUUCACGACCAACUCCUCGCCAGCCUCCAAACCACACCCAUGACCCCCACACAACUACUUGAGACACAGAAGCUCCUCAGCGCCGCACAGCAGAAUGUAGCUGCCGACCAGGCCGCGAUGCUAGCGAUGGAACAGCAGAUCUACCAAACGCAGGGACUCGCGUCUUCGCAGACCCUGCAGAUCGCCCAGCAAGAAGCGAACCUUGCUUCGCAAGCGGCCAAGUUGCUCACUGGCCAGUACUAUCUCGCGUCUCAGCAAGGCAUGAUCCAAGAUGACGAAGCAUUCAUCGCGACUGUGCAAGCUAUGACGGCGCAACAGCAGGCGGCCACCCAGACCGAGCAGUCAGAGACGGCUGUGCAGCAGGGUCAAACCGCCAACGUCCAAAGUUUGACGGCUCAGCAACAGGCCGCGACGGGCGCGCAACAGGCUACAACCGGAGCGCAGCAGGCCGUCACAGGCGUCCAGCAAGCCAACACCGCAUACGCCGAGGGCCAAGUCGGCGCCUAUCAGAACGCCGUAGCGUUUGAGGAGGGUCUCACCGCGCGUACCUUGCUCGGGACGACAUAUGCGCCCGCACCCAUUCUCGCCGCUCCCGUUGCCGCUGUGGCCCCGUCUUUUGCAGUCGCCGAUGCGACCGUUCUCAUUCCUACGCUCGACACGCUUGCCGCUCAGCUUCAGCAGGAGACAGCACUUCUUGCCGCGCUCAUGAGCACCGUCAGCGAGACCUCCACCGGCACCUCCGCGACCUCUCAAAUCGCAAUUCCCGUCACUGUCACUGAGCCCGCCGAGGGCGAGGAGCCUGCGGAGGGGGCUGAGAGUGAGCCGGUUGAGGAGGGCGAGUCGGCGGGAGAGGGUGAGUCAACGGAGGAGGGCGAGGGCGAGCCUGAGUCUGCUGGCGAGUCCGAGGCUUCUGAGCCGGAAGCCGAAGAAGCGUCUGCAAGCGAGUCCGAGGCUGAGGGGGGCGAGGGCGAGGAGUCUACCGCCGCAGAGGGAGAAGGCGCUGAGGAGAGUGAGACUUCCGAGGAGUCUGAGGUCGCCGAGCCGACCGAGGGCGAGGCUUCGGAAUCUGCGGAAGGCGAGAGCGAGGAGGAGUCGACUGAGGGCGACGGUGAAGUAUCCGAGCGCCCCCAGCCGGUUGUGACCUUUGUGCCGCCCACCGCCGGUCAGUUCUCUGAGAUCGUCAACGGCCCAUAUGUCAAGGUUGUCCAGAACUACAAGCCUUGA